CUUCACAAAACGUACCAGACUUCAGGUUCAAAUGAUGCCAAGGAGUCGGCCAUAGUAGUAAUAAAAGAUCAAGUACAGAUGUUUAUUCUUAAAUCUCUAAAAACUGGACUAGAUCCAGAGAGUUGCGCGUUAGUUAUGAAAAUAAGCCUGAUGAUCCAGAACGAAGUGCAACGCCUCCGUUUCGUAUGGGCAAAUUUUACAAGGGAGCGUUUGGAGGCUUUCCGGUUCCUGGUGGAAAUUCUACCAUGCCCGGUACUACUCACCCACCAGAAUCAUCCCCUUCUUGGAUCUGACUCACAUCAUGAGUCUGCCCUUGCCUCAGCUUCCUCUUCUAGCUCCACAACCCAACCACAGCCCGUCGGUUUUGCUUCAUCCACUUACCCCCACACUCGUACAGCAGAAUCCCUGGAUUCCUCAAGUCUUGAUCCACUCUACACUGAGGUGGUUACUGGAAAGGCUUCUGCACACAUGUCAUUAGCUUUAACACCUUCAACUGCUUUGCAGCGACGAAUGCCUCCAUUUCAUCUUUAUCUUUAGAGCAAAAUCCUGGAAACGUCAACGAAUUCUUAAUGAAUGCACUACACAUUGUUCAACUUACUUUCGUACUAGAUCCAAAAGCAUACCCAGAGAAGAUAUUUUUUCCUGACGACGUUACUAGCUUCUUGCAGUCAAGUCUUAAAGGACUUAUCGAAAGGGGUCAAAAACUUGGUCAUAGUAAUUUAGAAAUUGUAGGAAAAACACAUCUGGAAGAGAUCUAUCCUGGAUCAACUACAAUUCGGAGGAAUAUGCUUCUAGAGUCACCCAGGCGUGUUUUAGCGCAAUCAAUAGGCAAACUUGCUAAUUUCAUAGGAGAAAUGCAGAUGGAAGAAACUUUUUCUAAGCCUAAGAAGAAGAAUGGUAAUAUGCAAAUGCUUAAGCUAAUAAAUGACAUCUACAAUAUUGAUGUUUCUCGAUGUGCGGCGUUACUUGGUGCUUUCAUGGAGCGUUGCAUUGAGAUUCCUUUCUUAAAAUCACCCGAGGUCACGGCAAAGGCUGUGUCUUCACCAAUGGCUGUCGGAGUUUGGGCACUUUUCAGUCUCGUCGUGAAGAAUUACAGAAAAUGCUUGAGUCAUCUCAAAACACCGAGCUUGUUAUUAAUGUCAAGGAGUACAUGCACAGUGUACUUACUGACAAAUCUCAAGACGACAGAGAAAUGGAAGAGCAGAGGUAUGCCGGUAAGCUACAAUUCCUUUUGCAAGGGAUGCACAGGACGGUCACGUCUAGCACAAAGUAUGUAAGUUACUCGCUCGACUACCAGCUUUGCAACAACCUCAAGUUUAGCAAAGACACGUCAGUGCAGGAUUUGAUUUCAAAGUGGGAUAAAAUAUUCAAGGAUGACAUCCUUUGUCAUGUAGCUAAAUCCCACCGGCCGCUUUUAGCUCGCUGGCUUAAAUGGACAAUUCUCGUUCACGACUUGCGCGAGGUUCUUGCAGAAUCCACGUGCAUUAGCGUGACUGGUUUGGUCAACUCCGGAAAAUCACUACUUGUCAAACAGCUAUUCAACUUAAAGAGAGUCCAGGUUGGAACACUAAAAUCCAAGCAAACCACAGUACCUUUGCUCUAUAAUCUGAAUAUUGGCUCCCUGGAUGUUAUCGACUUCCCAGGAAUGGAUGACAAUGAUGAAUGUGUACCAGAUCUAGCCCAACUAAUGCUGACACUCUCACAAAUGAUUGUUUUUGUCGUAGACUACCGACGAAUCUCUGCCACAGCAAUAAAACUGUGGUUGGACAAGAUGAAGAGCGAUGACGAUGUCCCUGUUCUAAUAUGUCUCACGCACGCCGACAACCUAUAUUUGGAGUGUGUAGCCAAGGAAGAAGAGUAUAAAAUCGAGGCAAUUGAAGACAAGAGAAAAGCAAUACAGAGAGAACUACAGACUUAUCGGGAGGUUAUUGGACCCAAGCACUCCUGGAAUGUGGAUUUUUAUGCCUUUACACAAGUACCAACAGUUAAAAGAGAAGAUCUCGAAGCUGUGGGUAUCAGAUCACCAAGUGAUGUUGCAGUAGGUGGGAGUGGAGAUUAUCCUUCGUCCAAUACGCCGAGGAAAAGAGUAGUUAUGCUCCGCCAGGUGCUGUGUGCUGGCACAACCAGACGAAAGUGACAGUGUGUCUCAAAUUAUCAAAAAUACAGCAGGUGGCUUAGACUAUAAAUAUAAUUGCUCUCCUGCGUCACCUAUAUAUUUGCUGCAGUCAACUACAACCAGCUACAUUCACAAGGGCUGAUGGUAAUCAUAAUCCAUUGCGUAAUAUACACAGAAUUCAUAUCCUGUAUAAUAUUAUACGUACUGUGUACUGACUAUUAUGUUAUUGCAACCUUGCACAUGCAAUUCAUAUGCUAUUUGUGUGCAUGAUAAAGGAUAUUCCUUACGUAGCAACAAGGAACUAUAGUCAUGAAGGUUGUUUUUUUGUCUGACCAAACACAGACAGUAAGUUCAUAGCAUGACAUUGCAGUGAUGAAUGCGGUCAUAGGUGACCUGACACUGCACCCAUGAGUCAUCACGUUUGGCAACACGCUAUACAGGACUUGCAGAAGUAUUAUUUUGUGAAGGACGAUGACAAUUCCCCUAAGGCACCGGUUGGCAGCAUAGAAUAAGACAGCGACAACGUGGAAUAGCUGUAGCCGUAGCACUGUCAACAUUGCUCGUCCUCACAUUAGCCUUCAGCCUCCACUGCAUGCACCACAUCUAAAAAUUAUCCUCAGAAUCAGUCACACCCGCAAAUAAUAGGCCACCAAUACCUUCACUCCAACUUAGUUCUAUUCCCAGCCC